AUGGAUGAAGAAUUUAGAGGUAAAUAUAUAUUUCGCCCAUACCAUGGUGUGGCUACUCAUGAACCUUUAACAAGAACUGAAAAGCUUAAUCAUUUUUUGGAGAUGGUAUUACCAUCUUCUAUAACGCCUAGUAAUAAAGAAAGAUAUGAUAUUUUAUUUAAAUUACUAGAAUAUGAGGGAAAUAUAUGGAAAGCUGAAGAAACUAAAUUGCAAGAAACCAUAUUGUAUCUUCGUGACGUAUUAAAUAAAACUAAUAAAGAAGCUGUCGAAAAGAUUCUGAGACAAAUCCUUCCUUUCAGACCUCUAGUAACGCCUCAACCGCCGAAUUCGUCUUAUACCCGUGUCCAAGACCCGAAAAGAACAAUUAAUACUCUUUUGAAUAUAUGUUUAGAUGAAGCUAAAAAUGAUUUAGAAUCCCAGAUUAUGGAUAAGUUUGAUAUAUUGUUUCCUCUCACACCAUAUUCAACCGACAGUGAUGAUAAAAUGAUCCAAAGGUAUAGGAAUCCAGAAUCUGAUGUUAAUACGUCUGAUAAGCUGGGUAGCAUAGAUGAUGAACAUACUGCAAGUUCAGAGACACCUUCAAGGAACUUAAAGAGUACAAGAAGAAAAAGGACAAGCAAGACUGGCGAUACUGAGGCAACUGACAGACGAACGUCUGUAACAGUAAGAAGUAAGAGACAGAGAUGGUUAAAUAAAAUAAAGAAUCAGAAAUAA